CUAACGUCAUUGACACCCACCUACAGUCUACUAGAAAUAUAAGUGCAGAGAUCAGGUUGUUCACAGAUUACGAGGAGACCAACCAAGAAGGGGCAAGCCAAAGCCAAAUUCCCUGGCAGUCUGUUCAUCUCCAGCAUGUGGAAAGUGCUGCUCCUGGGACUGUAUGUAGUAUUGGCUGUGAGAGGACUGGAAAAGGGUGCUCCUUUCCAACCAGAAGAUAAAUGGAAGCCUCUUGAUAACCCCAGAAACAGAGACCUGUUUUUCAGAACGCUCCAGGCUUACUUCUCGGGCAGGGGUCUCGAUCUCAGGAAGUUCCCAGCCACUUUCACUGUGAACAAUGAAGGACCAAGGCUCUACUCAGAUCCUAUUGCUUCUGCGUUUGCAGAUUAUGAAGAAAAGAAAAAAUCCUUUCAGAACUAUUUCAAAGGCUGAAAGGUUCUGCUGAUGAAGGCAUUAACUUCAGAACUCCAUGCCAAGUGGAAACCUUCAGAGCAAAAUUUUACUGCUUUGACUUUUUAACUGUUACCUGACAAUUCCAAAGUUUCUUCACUGUCACCGUUUCUGCCGAUGGAAGCUGGUGUCCUGCUGCAAUGAGCAUUAUUGUGUCUGUUGACAAAUGUCUGCAGUCUGUCAGCAGAAUUGUGCUUAAGUAUGAAUAAAUGGGGAGUGCAACAGCGUGCA